AUGACUUCCCGAAGCACGUCCUUCUCCCACAGCCCGCACCGGCUCCGGCGCCCGUCCAUCAGCUCGAGGCUUUCCUUCGCCGUCUCGACUGCCGAGCAGAGCGAACAUGACGAUGAGGCCGACGGCGCCGCGCCCGCCCACCAGCAGCAGCAGCAGAUCGAGGAGGAGAUCGCCGAGAUUAAGCGCUACGAGGACUUCACCACCAUAGACUGGGUACAGGAUGCCGCCCAGGAGCAGGCGAGGAGGAAGAUGCGCCGGAGGCGGCGGGCGGGUAUGCUCGAUAACGGCCAGGCGGGAUGGAGGUACCGGCUCCGCGAGUCCUACGACGCUGCGCAGGGCUGGCUCGUCGUGACGUUGAUCGGAGUCGCUAUCGGGCUCAACGCUGCGUUCCUAAACAUCAUUACGGAAUGGCUGUCCGAUAUCAAGACGGGAUACUGUACGACGGCGUUCUACCUCAAUGAGAACUUUUGCUGCUGGGGCGAGGACAACGGCUGCGACGAGUGGCAUCGCUGGACGGGAUUCGCGCCGGCGAACUACGUCAUCUACAUCCUCUUUGGCACCAUCUUCGCCUUCACCUCGGCCACACUCGUCAAGUCGUUUGCGCCGUACGCUGCAGGGUCGGGCAUCUCCGAGAUCAAGUGUAUCAUUGCUGGGUUCGUCAUGAAGGGGUUCUUGGGUUUCUGGACGCUUCUGAUCAAGUCCGUCUGCCUGCCCCUGGCCAUCGCCUCUGGCCUGUCCGUCGGAAAAGAGGGCCCCAGUGUGCACUACGCCGUGUGCACCGGAAACGUUAUAUCGCGGAUGUUUGAAAAGUAUAGGCGCAAUGCCUCCAAGACGAGGGAGAUUCUGAGCGCCUGUGCCGCCGCUGGUGUUGCUGUUGCAUUUGGCAGUCCCAUCGGCGGAGUACUGUUCUCUCUGGAAGAGAUGUCGAAUUACUUUCCUCUCAAGACGUUGUGGCGCAGCUACUUCUGCGCUCUCGUGGCAACAGCUGUGCUUGCGGCCAUGAACCCCUUUAGGACCGGUCAACUUGUCAUGUUCCAGGUUCGCUACGACCGGUCGUGGCACUUUUUCGAGGUGGUGUUCUACAUCAUCUUGGGUAUCUUCGGCGGUCUCUAUGGCGCCUUUGUCAUGAAGUGGAACCUACGGGUGCAGGCGUUCAGGAAGAAGUACCUGACAAAGUAUGCCAUCGCGGAAGCGACCAUCCUCGCCGCUGGAACCGCCAUCAUUUGCUACCCCAACGCCUUCUUGAGGAUCGACAUGACGGAGAGCAUGGAGAUAUUGUUCCUUGAGUGCGAGGGAGCUGAGGACUACCACGGCCUAUGCGAGUCAGACAAGAGACUUUCCAACAUUCUGUCACUAGCUCUGGCUACGAUCUUGAGAGUCCUGCUCGUCAUCAUCUCUUACGGUUGCAAAGUGCCGGCCGGCAUUUUCGUUCCGUCCAUGGCCAUUGGCGCAUCGUUCGGCCGUUCGGUGGGCAUCAUUGUCCAAGCAAUCCACGAAGCCAACCCCACGAGUGCGUUCUUCGCGGCUUGCAAGCCGGACGAGCCUUGCAUCACACCCGGCACAUACGCGUUCCUAGGCGCCGCCGCAGCGCUGAGUGGCAUCAUGCACAUCACUGUGUCUGUGGUUGUUAUCAUGUUUGAGCUCACAGGCGCCCUGACGUACAUCCUCCCCACCAUGAUCGUUGUCGGGGUGACCAAGAUCGUCAGCGAGCUCUUUGGCAAGGGCGGUAUCGCUGACAGAAUGAUCUGGUUCAGUGGGUUCCCAUUUUUAGACAAUAAGGAGGAACACAACUUUGGCGUCCCCGUUUCCGAGGUUAUGCGGACGGAGAUCACAUCGUUGCCGACGAGCGGCAUGGUGUUCUCCGAGCUCGAGAAGCUUCUCAAGGAGGAUAAGUACCAAGGCUUUCCCAUCGUUGAGGACGCCACCUCCAAGAUUCUCGUCGGCUACAUCGGCCGCACGGAGCUUCGCUACGCCAUCGACCGCGUGAGGCGCGAGAGGCCCAUCAAUCCGGACGCAAGGUGCACCUUUUCGCCACCGCCGGCUGCCCUCAACUUGACCACACCGCUCACACCCACCGUGACGACGAGCUUCGACUCGAUGUCGUCCACCUCUGUCGAUUUUAGCCGGUACAUCGAUACCACUCCCGUGACCGCGCACCCGCGGCUACCUCUUGAGACGGUCAUGGAGCUCUUCCGGAAGAUCGGCCCAAGGGUCGUGCUCGUCGAGUACCACGGUCGCCUGUCGGGUCUCGUGACUGUCAAGGACUGCCUGAAGUACCAAUUCACGGCCGAGCACGCCGAGGGCCCGCGCGACGACUCUGCCCUCGCCGAGAGCCAGGAGAAGUUGUGGAGCGCGAUGCGUCGUGCCGCGGGUUGGGUGUCUGACAAAGUGUCGAUAGCGUCUGGCGGGAGGGUGCGGCUGUCGUCGUUUGACGAGCGAAGGGGCACGGCCGGAAGCGGUGGAGGUGGCGGUCGCCCGACUGGCGCGCAGAUAUUGGACGGUGAUGAGGAUGAUGUUGAUGACGGAGGCGUAGAGCUUGUGAACCGGUGA